AAUCAAUUUAUCAACAGCAAUCAACCUGUCACCCGGCAAUUGGGCAAUUUAGCAAUCAGCAGGUGGGGCGCGUCCUGUCGCCGACACACGCGGCUGUCUUGCCCCAAGCCCAGGACACGAAUAUGUUCUUCUAAGCGACAAGUCAUCAGCUACCACCAUGAUAUUCUAUUUGCUUAUGGCUGUUAUAGGUUACCGAAUUUUGGUGUCGACGUAUUUACCCACUCCAAUUGCUGCAGAAGAAGAAAUAAUGAAGAACUUGACUACAGUAACCUGGGCCCACGCUGUUAAUAAUAAGACCUACCUAGACGCUGCUUUAGCUAGCGAUGUCUCCAUGCUAGAAGCAGACAUUGUACUAGGCCACAUAAAUGGUAAGGAUGGUCCAGCGAUACCGGUUAUGGCGCACCCUCCGGCCACCACUUCGGACCUCACCCUCGGUGACUUCCUGACCGCCGUGGCGCAAUAUAAUAACGGUAACUCGAAGCAGAAAGGCGUUAAGCUCGAUUUUAAGAGUAUUGAAGCAUUCGAGAAAUCGCAGGAUCAAAUCGCUCAGUUCAGUAAGCCCGAGAUUACAUUCCCAUUGUGGCUGAACGCAGACAUCUUACCGGGUCCAGUGAACGCUACCACUACUCCCGUGGACCCCUUGAAGUUCCUGAAUCUGGGGGCGAAGCAUCCGCGCGCCGUGCUCUCCGUAGGUUGGACGACCAACUACGGCGGAAACAUCACUGAAGGAGAAUACAGUAGGGACCAGAUCGGCACCAUGCUGCGUCUCGUCAACGAACACGUGAACCAAACCGUCACAUUUCCGGUGCGUGCUGGUCUAGCAUCAAAUAGCCAGCCAGUGAUCUUAGACUUACUCCGGGAGACAGCAUCCCUCAACUCCUCGAUGACGGUGUGGUCGAGUGAGGGUGACGCAGUAGAAGUGGACCGUCUGAGGGCCCUGAUCCUCACCGUGGGCCUGGAGCGUACAUACCUCGACGUGCCCGAUGACCUCGCCGCCAAGCUACAUCUGCCCCCACCUGAUGCUAAAGCAAAGAAUUAAAUAAAAUAUUAAUAAAUAAAUUAUUGUUAUUUA